AUGGGAACCCGUGCGGCAGCCUUUACGGCUAAGAUCAAGAACCUGCAGGAAUUUCACACGCGUAUACUGUACGGUUUACCGCCGCCACCUUCCGGAGUCGACGUCGCUAAUACCCUGAAAUACUUCUCGCUCACACUUCUUAGCGUGCUCAAGGAUGUUCCAACGAUUCCCCUCGAAAUGUUGCGCUCAGCUGAGAAAGACCAUGCGCGCAUCAGCCUUUUCCCGAGCCUCGACUAUAAGGCACUGUACAAUGCGCUGGUCCAACUCGUUGAUUGCGUACCUCUAGUUACAUGCGGGGCACACGUUUUGGGCCAGACGAUUCUCAACACGAUGGCAUGCCUCGUGCCCUUCUUAGAACACGAAUUUAUGGAUACGCUUGGCUAUAUUGUGGCAUCGGCGCUUGCGAAUUUUCCUGCCAGUCUUCACAAAGACAUCGUUGAUUUGCUUUGCAAUCAUUUGCUCCCGGUCACGAUAACGAACUACUCUGUGGGUUGUGGAAAUGAGCCGGAGGUGCCCGACUACGCCAAUCUGUCGGUCGCCAGCGUUAUCAUGCUGGUAUUCCAAUACACCGACAAUAUGGCUCAUCAGGCUCAACUGCUCGAGUGUCUCCUGUCGCUUAAAAAGGACAUCGUCAAAGACCUUUUGUGCGUGAUAGCGCAUGGUACGGCCAAAGCGCGCCAUCCUGCCGUGGAGAUGCUGUUCCACUACUGGCCCACACUAAAUCCGACGCUCAGAGAUAAGAAAUUCGCGCCGCCGUCUGGACUCGGGGGAAGCGGUAGUUCUGCAAGUGGAGUCAUCCAAUGGAAGGCGCAGCAGUGUCAGAUGGAGAACUGCAUCGGGGCGGCCACCGGGAAUAAUCAAGCGAUAAAGAUCUGUCUUGAUCAUUCGGUGUCAAUCUCAUCCGGUGAGCGCCCUCCUCCGCUGUACGUCUGCCAGGCAUGUUCCGAUCUGAUUCAGGGUGAACACGCCAACGCCAACUCCUUCUUGCAGCCUUGUCUGCUACCCCUGAACGAGAUAUCGCUACAGUGCGAAAACAAAACCUGCGCAAGCAAGGACAAGACGGCAACAAGCACAUGCUUCUCGACAGAGUGCGCCUCCACGAACGGCAACCGACCUACCAGGCUAUGCGGGCUCUGUACUCACCUAAAGCACCCAGUAGGGCACAACCACGUAAUUCAUCGAAACAUACCAAGUCCCUGGUCGAUGGACACCGAAACGCAAAUGUUCUUCGUUGAGGCUGUUGUAAGUUUACUGAAGGAAGCUCAACCAAGCAACGAGAAAGGAUCUAAAGAUUCUACAUCAGUGGAUCGACGAGCCGGUGUUACUCUACAGAGUAACGAAGGUGAAGAAAGCUCUGAGCGCUUAGCCCAGGAGGAGAGACAAUUGCUUAGUAGAUAUGGAAUUUGGCUUCUUGUCGGUCUGUGUACUCCCGAGGACAAAACACCUCCGGACGCGCUGGGUCGAUUACUCGGAAUGCUCUUCCAAUGGUUCCAUUAUACCGCCUGCUUACCUGACGACCAGACUGGCAAUUCCUUGGAACGCCUGAAAACGGAAUACAUCAACGGCUGGCUGAUGGACAUCGUACGUACGCAUUUUGAAGUGUUCGUCUCGUGUUUGCUGCCUCAUCCGGCCGAAUAUGCCCAGGUGGGCGGCCACUGGGACGUGUGGCCCUCUCAGACAGAUCAUAUAAAAGAGGGCUUCAGGACGCUUUUGUGCCUCGUUCCCUACGACAUAAUAAACCGGCAGGUCUGGGAGUUCAUCAUGCCCUAUUGGAUGGAAGCAUUUCGAUUCGAAAUCCCGGAGGCUGAACUUGCGGAGUUGAAGAUCUUACUCAGCAAAGUUCUCGAUCCUGAUCUGAGUCCAUUGGGUUUCGAAAUCAAGCAAAUGUACAGCUUUCUCACACAACGUUUCGAAUGUACCACCGCGAGAGUUCAGGAGCAAGCCCUGUUCUGGCUUCAAAUAAUUACACAACUCGAAGUCCCAGUUCCGCUCAGUCUCCUGUUCUCCAUGUUCAAACAAGGUAUCGAGGCUCUCAAGAAGAGCCACGAAGAAUCGGCAUCCCUUGAGGAAAGCAGCGGGGCAAACCAGCCUACACCAAAGUUCCAUCCAGUGCGCCAGGAUACGACCGGAACAAUGCUCUCCAGUUUGGGUCUCGACGGUCUACCCUCUAGCUGCUUUCCACAAGACCUUGUUCCCGAAGAGAAACCCGACGGAGAAGUCCACAUCAGCUGCCACAUUCUCAUGCUCGACAUCUUGAUAAAGCAGCUCGAGCUGCAAGAGCUGAACAGCCACAGGGGUCUGAACACGAAGGAAAGCAAGGAAAUACAGAUCCUCAUCCGAGAAAUGCUCAUUUGUGAAUGGACGAGAACCCACGACUGCACGCCACCGUCCACAGAAGAGACGGGGACGCAGGUGGUCGAUCUUGGAUGCGUCAACUGCGAACUCAACUCCAUCUGGUUCCAGUUGGCGCUGUCGCUCAUCGAGUUUAUCUGCCCCGUCAUGGAGGUUGCCAUGGCAGAUAUUCCAGGCGACCACGCCCCCGCCCCCAGAACACCGAAAGAUCAGCACCCCUCGUCGGGGAGUGGCUCGGAGAGGCACAGAUCGAUGACAAAGAAAGAUAAAGACAAAGAAUUCGUUGCGAUAGACAUUGAUGAGCCAACGCCUCCAGUAGCCGGCGCUAUCCUUCAUACUGCCCAAGUCACCGACGUAACAGGAGAGGUCGUGGCAGCCCUGCCGCAAGAGCAGGUCAUGAGAGCGAUAGCAACAGCUGUAACUCUAACAGAAGACGACGUGCCCGAAGCUAAAGUGACUGUGGCCGCAGCCAUGCUGUUGGACGAAAAUGACAAGCAAGUUCCAGUGACGGAGGACAGUGAUUUCUGGGUGACGAGUCAGGGGAAGUUCAAGAUCAACAUCGAUGAACUGCCGCCCCAUCUCUCCCUGGUGUUUCACCUGCUGCAGGAAAUGACUCGGCCGCUGAACACGGACGUGAUGUACCAUCUUCUGCAUUGUCUCAAGCUCCUAUGUCUCCACGCAGAAGUUCUGAACAAGGCUGCGCAUGAUCAUCGCGGCUUCCUUCUGUGGUGUCAAGAAAAUCUCUUGGUGGUCAACCUAUGGAAACUACUGCAAGCAGAGUGCUCACAGAUCGCAAGACUGUGUGUUCCACUGCUCCUCCACUGCGUCACACUGCCAUCCGGAAUGGACCAAUUCUGGAAACACGUGGAGAAAGAUUUCCACUCCGACUCGUGGUUGGACCGCUUUUCGGCAGUGGAAAAAGUUACAAUGAUUGGACACUUCAUGGAGCCAGCGACUGUUCGGAACAGUCCACUCCUACAAUCGUCUCUGGCCAAUGCUUUCUGCUACCUCAGCCACAGCAUGGACGAUAUCAAUGCGGCGGUCGCGCAGCGGGCACUGCUGUGUCUGGACACAAUCAAAACGGUGUCCCUGAAACUAUUCAUUUGGUGCCUGGAAGCCCAAUUCGACACGGUGGUCGUGGACCGACCUAUGAUCCUGCAGACAAUUUUCCAACUGUUCAGUCACUUUUCCGAGCGCCGUUUCUUGUCUUGGGACUUUUUCCUAAACAGGUUCGACGCCUUAUUCAUGGAAGUACAACUUGUCAUGGAACGAAACGGAGAAAUAUCCUACACGAGAGAUCUGAAAAACAGCAACAAGAGCAGCGAGGUCUUCCAGCGCAAACUGUCCCGCGCUCAAGAAGCUCUCUCGUUCACGAAGAUCAAUCGAAGUCUCACUUCAAGCUUUGCAACUAAAUACCCCUAUAAGAGAACUAUGUCUGCCCCAGGACUUCUACGCUUUUCUGAUCCCAAAGUCCAGCAUGAUAAAGAGAAGAUCCAUAGUAGACAGUCGUCAGCGCCAGUCCUGAAGAGAAAGAGCUCGCGUCUCUCGACGGGCCCUGCAGCCGGAAUGGCGCUUGUGAUGGCGGCUACUAUUCCUACUCAACAUUUCCCCAACAGUUUCUUCCAAGGAGAUCCUAGUCAGAAAGAAGCGGCGGAAGAGAAACACUUUCUGCAAGUCAUGCAGCGGACUCUUGAGAACGAUGAUCUCAAUGACCAGGAUACCCUUCACAUGUUAGUGUUCGUAUUCCUGGAGUUCCUCUCCCGACCAGACCCCUCACAUCCUACCGAAGAGAAGACGAUGGUCAGAUCGCAUUCCAUCGUUUUAACCCAUCUCAACAUGUUGAUGGGCUACGGAAUGCAAGACCGGCACUUCAUCAUCAACCCGAACCGCUUGCGGGUGUCGGCCGUCUUCAACGCAUUCUUGUCGCAAAUAGCAAGAGUUCUCGACCUCAAUCACUCUAUGGGGAACGUUCUCAUGUCAACAGUGAUGGCCGUUCUGCUUUACUGUCCUGCACCCCAGAGGCACAGUUUCAACGCGGGAGCCCACCCUCGUUAUUCUCUUUGGUCACUCGAUUUUAGUCAGAGACGAUCGUGGCUCAUGUCAGUGCUCGUCAUCCUGUAUAAGUUUGACUACGAAUCUCCGCCGCUGUCGCGUCAGGUCAAACACCUGGUGCAUAUCAUUCUGAAUACAUUGCAAGCUCACAACCAUCUCUGUAGAAACGUAACCGAUCCGUCCGUUUUCGGUCCAGUGUCAUCCAUCUCCCGAGACCUCAUGAGUAGUGAACUGAGCACUGCGGCAUCGGGUGGUGACUUGAGUGGCGUACUUCAAAACGAAGAAAACGCAAUAGCUGCAACGACACUCGGAAACGAGGCGGGGAGUCUAAGUGACAGCAAACUAUCAACGUCUGCAGGAUCAUCUUCAGGGACCAGUCAGGGCUACGUCCACAAGCCACUCUCUAGACUAGACGCUCACGACCCUUCCAAACCUCAUCCCUUAAGGUUGACCGGCUCAUCGCUACAACGAGACAGCGAGGAGCAAACGGAGCCCGAGCAGGAACUCGAGGCCAUUCCCGAAUCGCCCAAGUCCGACGAGGGUUCCAAUGAAGUUCAAGAACUCCAGCUGUCGGCCACCCUCGUCGAGCAAGCCGUGCUUCGCGUCGUCAAGGACGCACCGCCUGGAAGUAUGCAGCUUACGAUAAUCGAACCGACUUCGAAAGAGAGCGUGCAGCAGAAUAUAAUCGUCAAAGAAGCGUCACAAACCGAAGCGCAAUCGGCCAUUUCGAUAACGAUUGAGGAAAGAGAAGAACGAAACCAUGCCACACCGAUAAGCCUUUCCGUCUCCGAAAAAGAACCCGAUUUGAAAGACACCGCGGAAAAAAGCUCCUCCGAGCCCAUGGAAAAGAAGCAGGCUUUAGAAGAUGAGUCCGCACGCAGUAGCAGCGUCGUAGCCGCCGGCAAAAAACGUGAGGAGAGUAUGAACGAGCCGAAGAAGCCUGAAGCUCCGGUACAGAAGUUUUUCGCUCCGCCACAGCUGCAGGACCAGGAACAGCAGGAGCGGGACGGGAAAAAAGAGCUGCUUUCCGGCCAGCGAUCGCUAGACAUCUACACUGGGAGUCAUGGGACCGCUACGGCCGCUGGCCUAGGCUCCAGUCACGUCCGAGAAAAGGAGUUCGUCUAUAGGACGCGGUCAGAGCAGACCCCCGCGCCGAUGCCGUCUCUUCCGUGCGUUGAACGGCUUCUGCCAAUUGGUCCCCAGCCUGUAGCCAAAUUAGAUAGGUCAGACAGAGACCGAAGGUUUCCCUUCGAUGCGAACGUGAGGCUCACUCAAGUACUCAUGCCGAGAAGCGCUGGAUCCAGCAUAGAGAUUCCCUCACUAGAACGACUAUUGCCGGUCGGUCCUAUGCCUACUAGACGAGAGGGAGACUCCCAUGGUCGCAGUGUCCCGGGUUCUCCCGCGAGACAGAGGCUCGGCAACCAAACGGCCCCGUCAGGCUCGACAAUAAGCCUAGGACCAGGACCUUUCAGAGACCACAGCACUGCGAAAGACGACCUGCCGCUGACGGAUAUUGCAAUCAAGGAUGGAAAUACUGCAGAAAUCGUAGACACUUCAUUCAUCGUUGAGCCGUCGACCCUCACUACCGUUCAGGCCGAAAUCAUAUCCGCUGGUGAGACCACGAAGACGAAAGAUCAACUCGAACGAAAUCAAACAUUCGAAAAAGACGCUGACUCCAAGAACAAGAAAAACGAAAAGAAAAAGGAGAAGGAUGAUGAUCGCAGAAAAGAGAAGCAGGAGAAAGACGACAAGAAAGAGAAGAAAGAAAAAUCCGUAACUUUAUCUCAAGACGAAUCGAAAUCCGCUGGACUGACCGUCCCCGAUGAAGAAGAUAAUAAAGGUAGUCACAUCGAAGAAAGCAAAUCGAAGCUCCAUUACAAGCAACGAAAGCAACGACGAGCAGCCGAAGACGCCCAGAGGAAGAACGAUGCAAAAUCAGCUGCCCAACUGAGACGAUCACGAAAAAUCAACGAGGUCAACUUCCAGUCUCAACCGAAUACUUCUGGAACGGCAAAAAGGUCGAGCUCCGUUUCGUCAUCGAGUGUUCCGCGUCCUGCCGAUGAUAUCGUUCUGGAUCGGUGCUCGGACUGUGGAGCGAUAAUCGAGCAUUACGCCCACGACGAAAUCGGUCUAUGCAUUGUGGCGUUGGCGACUUACAUUCAUAGAGAACCGUCUUUGGCCGCUCCCAUCAUGCCCGACAUGCUUCGAGUUGUCGCAAAAAUAGCCCAGCAAUAUUUUUAUGCUUGGCAGAGUGAGAGCAACAUGCACUUGCCCGGAGGAUGCAAUAGCGUGGCUUGCCAAUUCAUCCGAUGUACCUUGCAUCGUCUUUCAGCAAACGGGAUAUUCAUACAGAUAUUCCAAGGACAUUUUGAUCGAGACUUCUUCAAGGUACUAGCUUCAUGUCUAGCGGAUUUCAACGAACUGAAUCAACUGCAGCCUCUGAUCACUCUGGUGGAGGAUCUCAACGAACGCAAACAGCUCUGUCGCGAGCAAACUUUGCACACUCUAACGAACGUAGCAACGUACCUGGAAGCACUCCUACCCGCGGACAGCAAUGUCAGCCAUUGGUCAACGUUUCUUCCUCACCUUGAUACUCUCUUGAGAAGAGUCAUACUCAUUCUGAGCCCCUUACAACAAACGUCUGGCGGAAACACGUUGAACACUUCGGUGGCAUCCCUGAGUUGUCUGCUACGCAUAAUGACUUCGAUACUUAAGGCUCCCGGAAUAAACGCGUGUAAAACCAUCCUGGAACCAUUCUCCAAAAUCCUGAGUCACGCCAUCGAACAUUCGAUUGUGGGCUAUCACCAGGUUUUGGAGCUCUGUCAUCUCUGUUACAGAAAUAUGCAACGAGACCGAGACAAGAACUUGUUGACGAGGACUGUCGUAUUCGAACUGGUUCAGGCGCUCAAGUUCAAAGUGUCCAUACCCGACGAGAACCUCCUCAUGCUCGUUCAAUUCGUCUUGCAAGACGCCGGCGGUGCUCUGUGCCCGAAUGUCAUCCUGGACGACUCACCGCUGAUGCAUGAACUGCAGACGAGUCAAUACAAUACCAACGCGGCCGAUUGUCUCCGAGCGAACCUCGCGGACGCCAUAGAAUUCUUGGCAGAUGUGCAUACGCUCAGCCGCGUCAAGAGCAAUUUCCAUGGCACGACGAGUCGGCUGAACGAGGAAACUUUGGGUGGUCAGCUGAAGGCUGGCGUCUCCCAAUACCUCGCGCUGGAAAUCACCAGAGUUAACGGUAGGGACAACAGAGCCAUUAGCAAAUACCUUCCCUGGCUGUACAAUCCCCCCAACGCAGCGCAACAAGGGCCGAAGGAAUUCUCCGAUUGCGUGGCCCAUAUACGACUCCUUUCCUGGAUUCUCGUCGGAGCUCUCACACACUCUGCGUUACUAGGUGGUCAGCACAGCCACUCGACAAUAACGUGCCAGCCAAUACCACUCGAAGCGAAUGCUCAUAUCGCAGACCACAUCCAAGUGGUCCUCGCAGGUUUCUUCGAGCAAUCGAAGGCCUGCAUUCUCCACAUGUCUUCGCUAUUUCAUGCGUUCAUUCUGUGCCAGCUAUGGACCAUGUACUGCGAACACAUGGUUUCACUCAAUCCACCCGGAUCUGAGCAGAAUACCACGUGCACCCUGGUCCUCACGGACUUCUGGAUAAAAGUCACUCCUGGGGUCCUGCAGGUGGUCUGCAAUCCCAAGCUGACCGAUAUGGUCAGCCUUCAUUUCCUCACCUUGAUGGAGGCUCUGAUGGAAUGCAAUUCCACAGUGUUGGCUCGGUUGCUUCCCAUGUGGACUCCGGCCCUUUAUUCGUUCCAAGGCCAAAUACCGAAUCAGCUCCGAGUGCGGCUCCAGGCGUGUCUCGAUUGGGUUCCCCCGCUCCAAACUCGGGAAGAAGCUGCCUUCGUGUCAACAACUUUCCUGAAGUGGCUGCAACGCCUCCAAUUCAAAAUGGGUCAAAUCGAACAACAGUCGUCUACUGCGACUCAAUUCUACUCCUUGUAA